UUGAAGAAAAACACUAAAAUAUCAUUGCAAUUGGAGCACGAACAACAAUGGCUUCUCUCCAUCUCCUACAACCUCUUCACUGUUCCACUACUUCAUUCUACAGCAGAAAUCUACUUUCAAUCCCUUCUUCGACGUCAUUAAAGCCCUUAAUCUCCAAAAACUACAACCUUUCGAAAUCUCUGACAAUCCCAUUUGCUCUUACGGAAUCAGAUUCUCCGAAAUCCCUUGAACCCGAUCCCAAAACCCUUCUUCAAAAACUCUCUAGUUGUUUCGAUCUUCCUUCAGAUUUCUUUCAGCAGCUGCCGCGUGAUCUUCGGCUUGAUUUGAAUGAUGCCGCAUUCGAUCUUUCCAAUGGACCCGUCAUUGAUGAGUGUGGGCGAGAGCUGGGGGAGAUCUUACUAAAUCUCUCUCGGGCUUGGGAACUGGCAGACACAUCUACUUCUCGUAGUUUGGUGGGAAAGCUUCCUGAAGUGGAAAUUUCAUUGACGGAGAGUGCCAGAUCAGCCCUUGGGAGGCGUCUGUUAUCCGCUGGAAGAAGGUUCCAGGGCAUGGGACAGUAUGGUCAAGGUGAACUUCAGAAGGUACCUGAAAGAUCUCGAAUACCAGCGGCUUACUUGGUUGAGAACUCACAGAUUGCAAAAGCUAUGAUUACGACUGGAAAGGCUCUAUCAGCAAGUUCGCUAUCUGCUUCAACCAAUGAGAAGUCGAAGCCAGAAACUAGGAUGUUCAAGUUUGGAGAGCUUCAAGUUGCAGUGACAGCAGAGAAAGGAUAUGUUGGAGCUGCUAUUGGAUUCGUCUUCGGGUUUCUUUCAUGGCAAAUCAGUCAGGGGAUCCAAAACAUACCAGAGAGCUCAUUGCAGUAUGCAAAUGACAACGCGUUGGUACUUGCUAAGUCUCUGAGAGGAGCUCUUCUUGCCAUUUUCUACUCGUCGACUGUGCUGUCUGGCUUUGCAACGAUCGGACUUCUCCUACUCGCUAGGCAGCUUUCGUCGGAUAAAGAUUGAAACCCGAAACGAAGGAUAGGUAAAGGUACUCUGAUCUUUGGCUGUAAAUAUGGAAAAUGCGACCGGCAAGCAUGUCUAGAGACAGACGCAGAGGUUUCAUGGACUGAGAAGUGAGUUUGUGUCUGAACGAAGUACAUUUUCUUCUUUUUUCUUUUUUUUUUAAUUAAUACAGCUGAAUCAUUUUAUGAAGAUCACUAUGACCUGUGUUUGUGUAACGAUCACUAUGUUUGUUAUUUGAGAUUUUCCCUAAAAAUCGAAGGAAAGAAGAUUUGGAAACAA